AUGCUCCAGCUCCAGCUUCUGCUCCACAUCAUCUUCCUCGCAUUCACCCGCAUCCAAUCUCCAGUCCCAAUCUCAACCCCCACUCAAAUCGCCAUCCUCAUCCUCAUCCGAUCCUCAUCCGAAUCCUCAUCCCCAUCACCACAUCAUCCUGACGUCAGCCCCCCUCCCUCGCGCUCCCACACGCCCACACCCUGGGAUUCCCCCCCACCUGUCCCUCCUCGCUGGAUCAUGCCGCCCACACCGCCGCCGCAGAGAGCCAACUUCUAUCAGAGGACUUUUGCUCGCUGCACCAUCAUGGAAAUAUCGACUAUGGACACACUUUGUUACCUGCUGGUUAUAGCUGUGUUUGCAGGUCAGACUUACGAGACUUUCGCUCAGUGUUUACGCGGGUGUAGCUGUGUAGAAGACCGCCAUGGAAGGUCUCUUGUUUGUAUGGAGGAGAGCGCGUUUGGAGCCAUACCAGAAAACCUUCCAGAUGAUAUGACCAAAAUCCGAAUAGAAAAAUCACACUUCACAGAAAUACCCAGAGGUGCUUUCUCAAAAACACCCGCCUUGGAGAACCUGUGGUUGAACUUCAAUGAUAUCACAGUCAUAAACUCAAAGGGCCUUGAAGGUUUGGGGAACUUAACCGAGCUCCGUCUGCAGGGAAACAAGCUACGUUCAGUACCAUGGACAGCGUUCGAGGACACGCCGGCCCUCAAGAUCCUGGACCUAAAGCACAACCAGCUGGACGUCCUGCCAGAGCAUGCGUUAAGAUAUUUGCCGGGUCUGACUUAUUUAGACUUGUCUUUCAAUCGGCUGACGGUCAUAUCGAAGGAGGUCUUCCAGAACUGGCCUCUAGUCCAAAAGCUGCAGAGCAUGGAGGAGCGGGAGGCGAGCGUUUCCGGGCCGAACGUCGUCCUGGCGCUCCACGACAACGCGUGGCUCUGCGACUGCCGGCUGAAGGGCUUCGUGGAGUUCAUCAGGUCUCUAAGGCCCCCGAUUAUACUGAUGAACUCCUACUUGACCUGCUCAGGGCCGGACUUUAGGGCGGGAAAGUUCUUCCAUGAGGUUGAGCUGCAGGCGUGCGUCAAACCCAUCGUGUCCACCACGUCCGCAAACUUUAGCCUGCCCCUGGGCGCAAACGUCACCCUGCGCUGCCUCGCUAAGGCCCGGCCGGACCCGUCGGUGUGGUGGACAUAUGGCCUGAAGAUAAUCAGAGGAUUUCAUGAAUCCCUGGAGAGAGUGGAUGAAGACACCAUGAGAUCCCUGCUGGUGAUCCCCUCCCUGCACGCAGCAGACCGCGGCAUCUACACCUGCACCGCCGUCAACUUCAUCGGAAACUCCUCCGUCAGCAUCCAGCUGGACGUGCGCUCCCCUGUCGGCUCCCAGUCUUCCCACCUCCCCGGCAUGCCCGCUCCGCCCGCAGCCGAGGAUGAAAACGUCUACAUUGACAUCCGUAUCGCCAAACAAACAGUGCGUGGCAUCUCAAUCGAGUGGUUUGCUGCCUUGGAUCACCCAGCUGAGACCUGGUUCACCAUCCACAUCGGCCGUGCGGACACUGAUAAGAAAGAAAUGGUCUACAUCGGCCCGGGGAUUCACUCUUACUCCGUCUCUGAUCUGAUGCCUGCAACCAAAUAUGAAAUCUGUGUCACCCUCAAGAACCAGGUGCCACGAUCUGGCCAGUGCAUCGUGUUUGUAACAGGGAGUGACAUCACAGAGAUGGAGCAGAGGGAGAAGCUGAUUCACAUAGUGGUGAUAGUUUUAGCCAUGGUGCUGGCUGUGCCAAUAGGUAUGUACGCCUGCACCACUGACACUAGGUUCACCUGCCUGGAGGUCAUCAGGGAGACCUGGAAGAACCGGCGGAGGGAGAGCGGCUCAUCGGGGUUGGAGCGGGACAGACAGGGUACCUUCGACAGCCUGCAGGCGGCCAGCGACGAGGGCCUGGUCAAUAAAGAUUCCUCUGAAGACAGGAAGGUGAGAAGGAGGUCAGAUGACAGGCUGCAUAAAGGCAAAGCUGAUCACAGCAUGCUCACAGCUGAACUGUAUUAA